AUGGAUUCAAAUGCAUCAAGCUACAUUCUAAAUCAGGCCGAAUACUAUCUAAGCAAAGAGGAUUCUGACAUCCUCGAUUUAGGACUAAGUUUACGAACUUUGCAGCCCGAUCAGGCUUGUUAUCCUUCUCCUCAUGAGAAUUGUGAACUCUUAGUCGAUUGGCAUCACCGUUUCAAAAGGACGACGAAUUUAAACCCUCAAAUGGUGAUGAAGGAAAGCGGCCGUGAUGGCGAAGAGUCAGAAGGGAUUCAAAGCAAACAACGUUGGAUGAGUUACGUGAAGGUCAACAUGGAUGGAGUGAUUGUGGGUAGAAAAAUCUGCAUUCUCGAAAGUAUGAAUUACUCGAGUCUUGCUCUUCGACUCGAGGAAAUGUUUGGGAAACAAUCGAGUUCGGGUCUAAGGCUUUUCGAAGCAGAGUCGCGAUUCUCGUUGGUUUACAAGGACAAGGAUGGGCAGUGGAGGAACGUUGGGGAUGUUCCGUGGAUGGAGUUUGUGGAUCGUGUGAAGAGACUGAGGAUUGCAUGCAAGGAUCAAUAUGACUUGAAAGCUUCUUAA